UUUCACAGUUUUGUUUGCGCUCGUUUUGCUUCAACGUGACACUUCCUUCCACUUCCGGGCAGCAGGUCACCAAACACAUGUGAUACCUGAAGAAAACAGGCGUUGAGUCGCAGCAGAGGUUUAACUAUCAGAAUGGAUGGGAAAGUUAAGAAACAGAAGCAGCACCAGCAGAAGCACAGUGGACCAAAGGCAGAGAAGAAGAAGGCUAAGAAGCAGAGAGGCUCGGCGGAGGAGGAUGAACGGAAACGCAACCCUAAAGCCUUCGCGGUUCAGUCUGCUACGCGAAUGGCCAAAACCUUCCACAGGGCCCAGGACAUAAAAACCAGAAAACACCACAUCCCUCUUGUAGACCGGACUCCCCUGAAACCACCUCCUAUAGUGAUUGUAGUUGUUGGGCCACCCAAGGUGGGAAAAAGUACUCUGAUCCGCUGCCUGAUCAAAAACUUCACAAGACAGAAGCUUGGGGAUAUAUGUGGACCUGUAACCAUCGUCUCUGGCAAGAAGCAUCGUCUGACUUUUGUGGAGUGUAACAAUGACAUAAACACAAUGAUUGAUCUCGCCAAGGUUGCUGACCUGGUUCUGAUGUUGAUCGAUGCGAGCUUCGGGUUUGAGAUGGAGACGUUUGAGUUUCUCAACAUCUGUCAGGUUCACGGUUUCCCUCGUAUCAUGGGUGUCUUAACUCACCUGGAUUCAUUCAAGAACAACAAAACGCUGAGGAAGACAAAGAAAAACCUCAAACAUCGCUUCUGGACAGAGGUGUACCAGGGGGCCAAGCUCUUCUACCUGUCUGGUAUGGUGUACGGUGAAUAUCAGACUCAGGAGGUGAAGAACCUCGGACGCUUCAUCUCUGUCAUGAAGUUUCGUCCUCUGGUUUGGCAGACCUCCCACCCUUAUGUGCUGGUUGACCGAAUGGAGGACUUGACAGACCCUGACAAGAUCAGGACAGACCCCAAGUGUGACCGGACCGUGUCUCUCUACGGCUACCUGAGGGGGACUCAUUUGAAAAACAAAGGGCAGGUCCACAUCGCAGGUGUAGGAGACUUUCAGGUGUCAGAUGUGAACUUCCUGCCAGACCCGUGCCCACUGCCAGACGCUCAGAAGAAACGGGCGCUGAACGAGAAAGAGCGUCUGCUGUACGCACCCAUGGCUGGAGUUGGAGGGGUCGUGUAUGACAAAGAUGCUGUUUAUAUUGACCUCCCAGCCAGCCACGUCAACCAGCAGCAGGAGGAGGUGCGGCCCACCACAGAGCUGGUCCAGUCUCUCAUCGACACACAUGCCACUCUGGAUGCCAAGAUGGCUGCCAGCAAGGUUUCUCUGUUUAGUGGCUCUGCAACCCUGGACCCUACAGACAUCAGCGAGCAGAGCAGUGAACAGGAGGGACUUCGAGAGAAAUCUGUUUGGGAUCCCAAGACCCAGAGAGAAAGGAGGAAGGUCCUCUUCACUGAGGAGGAGGAGGAUGAAGAGGAUGAAGAUGCCAGUGGAUCUAGUGACGAUGAGGCUGACGAAAGUGUAGAAGAGGAAGAUCAAAAUGAGGAUGACUUGUCCACAUUUCUCAAAGAGGCGAGACUGGAAUCCACAAAGGCCACAGCAGGUGGAGGUCCACCGGUGAAGAAACAGAAGCUGGAGGAGAAGGAAGGAGAAGGAGGAGAGACGGAGGAGCUGGCGUUUGCAGACAGCGAGGACGAGCUGGAGAACAGCUCAGAGGAGAGCGAAUCAGAGGGUGAGGCUGGGAGAGCACGAGACUCUGGACACUGUUCUGAAGAGGAGGAGGAGGAGGAGGAAAGCGACGAUGAAGAGGAGGAAGAUGAUGAUGAAGAUUCUGAAGAUGAAUCCAUGGAAGAGGAAGGAAGUGCAGCUGAUGACAUGGCGAAGAGUGAGAGUGAAGAAGAAGCAGAACAAGGGGCUCUGAGAUGGAAGGAAGGUCUGCAACAGAAAGCAUCAGAAGCAUUUCUACGGCAACAAGAAGCUGCCCCCAAUCUGAGGAAGCUGGUUUAUGGUUCAGUUGUCGAAGCAGAUGAUUCAGAGGAGGAGGAGGAGGAGGAGGAGCUGGGAGGACUGUUCAGAGUCAGCCGUCCUCAGAAGAGCAAAAAGUUUCAGGCCAACGCUCGGGAUUGCUCCCGUUUCAACCCCGACUCCUCCCACAACUGGGACCUGGAAGAGAUGUUAAACUCUAUCAGGGAUUGUUUUGUCACUGGAAAGUGGGAGGAAGGUCAGGAUGCGGCUACACUGCUGAAGGAGGACGAGGAGCUUUAUGGUGAUUUUGAAGAUUUGGAAACAGGAGAAAUCCACAAGGACCAAACUGGACAGCAGGAUGAAGCUGAGGAUAGUGAGAACGAUGAAGAUGAUGGUGACGAAGGAGAGGAGAGCCUGGUGAAGGUGGAUGAUGAGGAGGUCCAGAAGAACAAGCGUUUGGAGAAGAAACGGAGGCUAAAGGAGCGCUUUGAUGCAGAGUACGAUGACGGAGACGCCACUUACUUUGAUGACUUGAAGGAGGAGAUGCAGAAGCAGGCUGAGCUGAACAGAGCAGAGUUUGAGGACGUGGACGAUGAGACCAGAGUGCAGUAUGAAGGUUUCCGGCCAGGAAUGUAUGUCAGAUUAGAAAUCUCCCCGUUACCCUGUGAGUUUGUGACCAACUUUGACCCCCAUUACCCCGUCGUCCUGGGAGGCCUGGGCUCCAAUGAAGGCAACGUAGGAUAUCUGCAAAUGCGACUGAAGAAACAUCGCUGGUAUGAACGUAUCCUGAAAACACGAGACCCCCUCAUCCUGUCCUUAGGCUGGCGACGCUUCCAGACCAUCCCCCUCUAUCACAUCGAGGAUCACAACGGACGCCACCGGCUGCUCAAAUACACACCGCAGCACAUGCACUGUGGAGCAUCCAUAUGGGGUCCGAUCACACCACAGGGCACCGGCUUUCUGGCUGUGCAGUCGGUAGCAGGAACUAAAGUUAAUUUCCGUAUUGCUGCCACAGGAGUCAUCCUAGACCUGGAUAAAUCAGUGACGAUAGUAAAAAAGCUCAAACUGAUUGGUUACCCUUACAAGAUCUUUAAGAACACCUGCUUCAUUAAGGGCAUGUUCAGCACAGUGCUGGAGGUCGCUAAAUUUGAAGGUGCUUCUGUGCGAACGGUGUCAGGAAUCAGAGGUCAGAUUAAGAAGGCGCUAUCGACGCCUCCAGGAGCGUACAGAGCCACGUUUGAGGACCGACUGCUCAUGAGUGACAUCGUGUUCCUGCGCUCCUGGUAUCCAGUGUCUGUUCCUCAGCUCUACAACCCUGUUACUUCUCUGCUGCUGCCUGUGGGACAGAAGGACAGCUGGUCGGGCAUGAGGACACUGGGGCAGCUCAAACAUGACCUGGGCAUCCGCAACAAACCCAAUACUGACUCUCUGUACAAGCCGAUAUCCCGAGCCCAAAGGCACUUCAAUCCCCUGCACAUCCCCAAUGAGCUCCAGAAGGCUCUGCCCUUCAAGAGCAAACCCAAACAGCAGCAGCGUAAAGGGAAGACGCCUAAAGACCUCCAGAGACCCAGCGUCAUCAGAGAGCCCCACGAGAGGAAGGUGAUGGCCCUGCUCCACGCUCUGAGCACAGUCAAAAACUACAAGAGGAACAAGGCCCACACGCUGCAGCACGCCAAACACAAAGGUUUCCUCCAGCAGAAGAAGAAAGAGGAGGAGGCCAAGCUAAAGAGACAGAAGGAGGCGCAGAAAAAACUGUACCGUGUCAUGGGCCAGCUGGACAAGAAGAAGCAGAGGUCCAGUCUGAAGGGGGCAUCACAGGACGACUAAUUCACUCUAGAUGGACUCUCGAGGCAAAAGUCUGUUUUUUUCUGAGACUCUUGUUACUCUUUGGUAUGUGUUCCAUAACAGUUUUUUACUGUAUUGUAUUUUUUUAUAGUACUAAUCUGAAAACUGCUCUAAUGAUGUUGCAACUUGUAUCAAUAAAACACAAUCCAGACCUAAAAAUGUGA